CGACAGGGGCAUUGGAAGGGCAGGUGGAGCUGGUAGCAUUGAUUGCAGUAACCUGAUCCCUCCGGGGAGGCGGCAGCGACAGCGGGCAUCGGCCUCACAGGGGGAGGAAGCUGCCUGCAGCUGAGGGCUGGGCCAGGAAGAGCUGGGCUGGGGCCUGGGUCGGCAGCAGCCGCUGCCUCCUCUCCCGGCCCAUGUAUUUUUAAUGAGCUCUCCAGGCUUCUGCAGCGGGCAGCAUGCGGAAAGGCAGGCCCAGGCCUGUGGCCCCAGCCCUGCCCUGAGCCCUGGCCCCCCAACCCUUCUGGGCAUGAGAGGGCGGUCCUGGGGCCCCGAAGCCCCCUGGCCGGGCAGGGCUCUCCAUGCAGCUCUUCCUGAAGAUGGAUUCGAGCCCAGACAAUGACAGCUGGUUGGAGGAUCAGUGGGAGCACUGGCUCACCCAUGAUAUCAGCCUGGAGGAGUUUGAGGAUGAAGACCUCUCAGAGAUCACCGAUGAGUGUGGCAUCAGUCUGCAGUGCAAAGACACCCUGUCCUUACGGAUGGCUCUCUCUGUCCCUAAUGUUCUGAAUCCCGCCAGGAGGUCCGCAGCACCUGGGGCACCGGGGUCAGAUGGAGAUCUGUAUCUUUUCAGAAUAGAAAGAAGGGACCACUAUUUAACUGGCCCUGGACAAGUGGUGGGGGUAGGGUGCGGCAAAGGGCCUAGGGAUGGCCUGCUGGGGGCAGGGCCAGGGCCUUCUGUGCCGGGCACUGUUGACUGCUUCUGUCACAAGGGCCUUUUGUUUCCUGCACAGGACACGCUGAAUAAUAAUUCUCUGGGCAAGAAGCACAGUUGGCAGGAUCGGGUGUCUCGGUCAUCCUCACCCCUGAAGACAGGGGAGCAGACACCUGCACACGAACACAUCUGCCUGAGCGAUGAGCUGCCACCCCAGAGCAGCCCCGCUCCCACUACAGACCGAGGCACCUCCACCGACAGCCCUUGCCGCCGCAGUGCUGCCACCCAGAUGGCGCCUCCCAGUGUCCCCCAGGCUGCUCCACCUGGUGGCCGGGGCCACUCGCAUCGAGACCGCAUCCACUACCAGGCAGAUGUGAGGCUGGAGGCCACUGAGGAGAUCUACCUGACACCAGUGCAGAGGCCCCCAGACCCUGCAGAGCCCACCUCUGCCUUCCUGCCGCCAGCUGAGAGCCGGAUGUCGGUCAGCUCCGAUCCAGACCCUGCUGCCUACCCCUCAACAGCAGGGCGGCCGCACCCCUCCAUCAGCGAGGAGGAUGAGGGCUUCGACUGCUUGUCCUCCCCAGAGCGGGCUGAGCCACUAGGUGGAGGGUGGCGGGGGAGCCUGGGGGAGCCGCCGCCGCCUCCACGGGCCUCUCUGAGCUCGGACACCAGCGCGCUGUCCUACGACUCGGUCAAGUACACGCUGGUGGUGGAUGAGCACGCACAGCUGGAGCUGGUGAGCCUGCGGCCGUGCUUCGGAGACUACAGUGACGAGAGUGACUCGGCCACUGUCUAUGACAACUGCGCCUCUGCCUCCUCGCCCUACGAGUCGGCCAUUGGGGAAGAAUAUGAGGAGGCGCCCCGGCCGAGGCCCUCUGCCUGCCUCUCCGAGGACUCCACACCCGACGAGCCCGACGUCCACUUCUCCAAGAAGUUCCUGAACGUCUUCAUGAGUGGCCGCUCUCGCUCCUCCAGUGCGGAAUCCUUUGGGCUCUUCUCCUGUGUCAUCAACGGGGAGGAGCAGGAGCAGACCCAUCGGGCCAUCUUCAGGUUUGUGCCUCGACAUGAAGAUGAACUUGAGCUGGAAGUGGACGACCCCCUGCUGGUGGAGCUACAGGCUGAGGACUACUGGUACGAGGCCUACAAUAUGCGCACGGGGGCCCGGGGCAUCUUUCCUGCCUACUACGCCAUCGAGGUCACCAAGGAGCCUGAACAGAUGGCAGCCCUGACCAAAAACAGCGACUGGGUGGACCAGUUUCGGGUGAAGUUCCUGGGCUCUGUCCAGGUUCCCUACCACAAGGGCAAUGACGUCCUCUGUGCCGCUAUGCAAAAGAUCGCCACCACCCGCCGGCUCACCGUGCACUUUAACCCACCCUCCAGCUGCGUCCUAGAGAUCAGCGUGAGGGGUGUGAAGAUAGGCGUCAAGGCUGAUGACUCCCAGGAGGCCAAGGGGAAUAAAUGUAGCCACUUUUUCCAGUUAAAAAACAUCUCUUUCUGUGGAUACCAUCCGAAGAACAACAAGUACUUCGGGUUUAUCACUAAGCACCCUGCUGACCACCGGUUUGCCUGCCACGUCUUUGUGUCUGAAGAAUCCACCAAAGUCUUGGCGGAAUCCGUGGGGAAAGCGUUCCAGCAGUUCUACAAGCAGUUUGUGGAGUACACCUGCCCCACAGAAGACAUCUACCUGGAGUAGCAGCGCUGCCUGCCCUCUGCCUCCCUGGGCCCGCAGGCCAGGGCCAGGACAGCUGGCUGCUGACAGGACGUGGCACUGCUUGAGGAGGGGCACCCGCCACCACCAGAGGGUGGGGAAGUGGAGGCCAUCGGCCGAGGGUGGGAGGGUGGGGGUUAUGGGGAGAGGCAAAUGCAGUUUAUUGUAAUAUAAGGGGUUAGAUUCAUCUAUGGAGGACAGAGCAGGCUGCCCGGGGAUUGGGUGGGGGCAGGGCUGGUCAGGCCUGUGGCCAGGAAGGAUGCCCAUCCAGGAGCAGAGGGUUCUGUCCCAUCCUGGGCCACACUUCCCCUGCCAGGGCCUCUGGCUCUCUUCUGCCUUGAUGAAGCCCAUGCCACCUGCAAGUGCCCAACCUGCCCCCAAUUCCCAACCCCAACCAAAGGCCCUGAGCUCAGGCUGAGACCAGCACCUCCUAAGGACUUUCCGGUAAGGGAACAGCAGCAGGUGGAGGUGCAUCCCUGUCCCCAGCUGUCACUUGUGUGGCCUCUGGCUGGCUCCACCUCCAACCUCGCUGGCAUGCUGGCCCCCGCAGUUGUGGGGCCCCUCAAGGAAGGAGAGACCGGCAGCAGGGCCCCGCCCUGGCAGGAAAAGGCGGCUUCCCACUGGCCCGGGCCAGCCCGGCCUCUUGGCUUCUUUGGCUGUAGCCCCAUCUUGGUCCUGUCACCCUGGCCACAACUAUUAAAGUGCCAUUUCCUGUCUGGACUGCA